AUGUCCUUGGAAAAUAAUGCUGAAAAAUUGAUCUCUCCGUACCAGGACUGCACUCCUAUUAAAAUUGACAACCAAAACUACUACAGUUUUUCUGGAAAACUGCUAAUUAAAGAUGCAAGCCCCAAAGAUGAUGGGAUGUACACAUCAAUUAAUUUGAUACAACCAGACUUGAUAAGUCCUAAAAAUAACACAAUUGAAGCAAGACUAGGUUCAGAGCUGAAAGUGACCUGUGAAGCUCAUUUUGGAUUUGGUAAUGUGAAAUUUUAUAUGCUUUAUUGGCAAGUGAAUAAGAAGAAGAUUCCCACAGAUGAAUCCAGAAUUAAGCAAGGACAUAACUUUCGUAAAGAAGGAACUGGUCAUGAUGUAGUUAUCGUGAGAACCCUAAUUAUCUCCAAGAUCACUGAAGAAGACUUCAAAACAAAAUUUGAGUGUUUAGCACGUAACCUACAAGGAACUAGAAGGGCUUUUGUAAAAAUUUCACACCAAUCACUAUAUUGGAUAUUUGAUGUGAUUAAAAUCGUAAUUCCACUGAUAAUUGGGUUUCUAAUCUGUACAACAGUGUAUGUUAUUUUCAAGGUGGAUGUUGUUCUUUGGUAUAGAGACUCAUGAUGGGAUUAUCUUCACCAGAAAGCCUGUAAUGGUAAGAAGUUUGAUGCAUAUGUAAUCUAUCCAAGAUCGGAGAACAAAGGUUCAAAGGAUAAUUGUAAUGCAAACUACUUUGCUGUUCACAUUUUACCACAAGUACUUGAAGAAAAGUAUGGCUACAAACUAUUCAUUUAUGGCAGAGAUGAACUUCCUGGCCAGGCUGCAGCUGAAGUUAUUGAAAAUAACAUACGGAGCAGCAGGAGACUGAUUAUCAUUUUGACUCGGAACACUUCAGCUGAUGACCAGGCAUACUCUGGAUUUGAACGCCAAAUUGGAUUACAUGAGGCUUUAAUCCGGAAUGAAGUUAAAGUAAUUCUAAUUGAGUUGGAGAAACUUGAUUGCUUGACUGACUUUCCAGAAUCCAUAAGGCAUCUCAUUCAAAAAAAUGGCACCAUUAAAUGGAAAUCAGAUGAAACAAAUAAACUUAAUGUAGUUUGCUCGAGAUUUUGGAAACAAGUGAGAUACAAAAUGCCCAUAAGAAACAAGACUGCGGCUAGAGCUGUGUGA